AUGACACACUAUGUUAAACACAACAAACACGUGGCCACAACUACCAGUGACAUCAUCACUGAAAAGGCAAACACUGAGGCCAAGUCUGAGAAGCUUUCCAAGGAAGUUCAGGAAGUGGAGGGAGCUAUAAAGACCCUUGAAAAAAAGAUUGCCAGAGUUAGGAACGAGCUUGAAGACACCAAAAGGAAGAUAGAUGCCAAAAACCUGGAACUUGAGAGUUAUGUAAGGGACGUGACAAGCAAAAGCUCAGGCCUCGGAAUCUUCCCUGCGAUUGUGCCGUUCAUUGGGCCAAUCGUCAAGUCCAUUUACCAUGCCGCAACAUCCCCCGCUGCUGCUGCAAAAAUCAAAGCUCUUGAAAACCAGCUGAAUCAGCUCACCUCUCAAAAGACGGCUCUGAUGAACCAACAGUGGAACAUUGAGGUCCAACAGAUUGACUUACAGAUGAAACUGGCCAAAGUAAAAAUCGACAAUGGCUCUAUACCCAGCCCUGUCCACCUGAACGAGGUCCAGCGAUAUCUGACUAAAAUCCAGAACAUUCUGAUUCAGAUGAAAAACUUCUGGGAAAAGGUGCACAGUAUUUUGGGUGUCAUGCAGAAAAAGACAUUUGUUAAUGAAGAUCUUGUUGAUGAACCUGAACUUAAAGAAGAAUUUGUGAAUUCAAUCCAAAAGGCUUCAGAGAUUUGGUCAAAUUUUGGUGGUUCCUGUGUUAAAGCUGCUAAAAUAUUCAAAAUACAGUCCAAGGAUGCCUAUGCGUUCCUGGAGAUUGAUCCAUCGUCUCUCUCAGACGCCGUGCGGCAGGAAGAGUAUAACAGUAUGAUGGGACAGCUACAGGAAAUGAAAGUCUUGAACCAGACUCCAGCAGCCAUCCAAAACUAAAGCAUUAAAUACUACUGUGCAUUUCCCCUUUGAGGCUGUCAAAUCAAAUACUCUGUUAAGUGGUGGUCAUAUUUUGGUAAUUUUUAUAGAUAAUAUUGAUUUUCUGCUUUUAGGUACAAUCAGUCAUUCCUUUUUUAUUCAGAACUAUAUGACCUUGUAGUCAGUCAUACACAAUUUACAAUGUAUGUGUACCUGAUUAGAAUAGCGUAGCUUUCUCAUCUAAGCCUCAA